AUGAAGACAGCAUAUGACAACGGUAUCACGUUUUUCGACACUGCCGAGUCUUACGCUGGCGGCCAGUCCGAAAUCAUCAUGGGCCAGGCCAUCAAGAAGUUCGCCUGGAAUCGCAACGACAUUGUGGUAUCCACGAAACUCAAUUGGGGCGGCGCGAAUGGCGAGGUACUUGUCAACAACCAUGGUCUCUCGCGCAAACACAUCAUUGAAGGACUUCGUGCAUCGCUCAAGCGCAUGGAUCUGGAGUACGUCGAUAUAGUGUAUGCGCACCGUCCGGAUCGUCUCACGCCCAUGGAGGAAACCGUACGCGCGUUCAACCAUGUGAUUGAGCAAAAAGGCUGGGCGCUGUAUUGGGGCACUUCUGAAUGGUCUGCAGAUGAGAUCGCUGAGGCAUGCGGGAUAGCGAAACAAUUGGGCCUCAUCGCACCAGUAGUGGAGCAACCGCAGUACAAUCUGCUUGAAAGAAAGAAGGUUGAGAGCGAGUUCCAGCGCCUCUAUGCGCGAUUUGGGAUUGGUCUGACUACAUUCUCGCCACUAAAAUUUGGGCUGCUGAGUGGGAAGUACAACGACAGUCCAGAUGCACCACCAGCAGGAUCCAGAUUCGCCGAAGGAAAAGAUGGCUUUGUGAGUGGAAUGCGUGAUCGGUAUGGGAACGACGAGUGGAGCGGCAUGAUCAACAGCGCAAGAAAAUUGAAGCCAAUUGCGGACAAGUUGGGCAUUAGCCAGUCGCAGUUGUCGCUUGCAUGGUGUCUGAAGAACCCCCAUGUCUCUGCGGUGAUUACUGGGGCGUCAAGACCGGAGCAAGUGGUGGACAACUGUGCAGCUCUGAAGGUUUUGGACAAGCUUACGCCAGAGGUGAUGGCUGAGAUUGAUGGGGUUGUAGGAGGCAUCCAGCUAGACCCUGCACGACAAGAUUAG